AUCACCAAACAGUUACAACAAUCUGGAAUGAAAGAUGGCCGGUAUCAUUACAACGCAGAUGGAGUGCUUCGUGCUGAUGAAUUUUUAAACAUGGAAAUUCUCUUAACUGAAGUCUCAAACGGUUAUGGAAGUAACAACAGUGGAAAGUCUAGUUUUGAUCAUUACAAGGCUAUGUUUGGAAUGCUUGCUAUGUUACGAACAUUAGCUCAAAAAUAUUCAAAGGCAUCAUUUAACACAUUCCAAAAAUUAAAGGUGCAUUUUUUACAUGGACAUGGUAAGCAAAACGACUGUUAUCGUUUUUCGUAUGUUCCAUAUUAA